AUGGAGAUAGCUAGUUAUCAUCGAGGGAGUUAUCACUGUGGAAAUCUCCCUGCUCGCUGCCAUGUCUUGCUUCUGUCGCAGAACUUUCAAUACUUCUUCUCGACUAUUGUGCAGGCACUCGGAUACGGGAAAUUCGAAAUCUUUCUGAUCACUGCACCCGUGUGGAUUGCUACAUUCCUUGUCUCGCUACUAGUGACAUGGACAUCUGGUUAA